CACUGCGGUAGGCACCUAUGAUUUCACUCCGGGUCCUUUUUGUGUUAGAAGAAAUAUGGCGGCGUCCAUGCUCUGCAGGAGGACGGCUGCCUUAUGUAGGACUUUAAAGGACUUCUCAUCUUGUAAAGUUGUGCUUUAUGUGAACUCUCCGUGUGGAUUUUUAUUACAAACAGCGUCAUAUAAUCCCAAACCUCUAAAGCUGAACCUCCAGAACCCGUACAUCCCGGACAAGGACAGCGAGAAGACGCCGGAAUGGCAGAAGACAGCCCGCUACGAUAAGAAGCUGUUCGGUCGGUAUGGCUCGGCGUCGGGCAUCGAUCCUGCAUCUCUGUGGCCCACACAUGAGGAGCUGGAGAAAAUUAUUGCGGAGGAAAACCAGUGGCAUCCCCCGCUAGAGGUGAUGCUGAAGAACAUAGAAGCCAGGGAGAAGGAGGGGAGCGAAAAACGGCUGGCGAGAGAGAAGCUCAUUGCCGCAAACAUGGCCAAAAUGCCCAAGAUGAUAGCAGACUGGCGCAGAGAAAAGCGUGAAACCAAACAGAAGCUAAAGGAGGAGAAGGCUCGCCGUACAAGGUUGCUGGCUGAGGCCAGAGAGCGUUUUGGCUAUGCAGUGGACCCCCGCAGCCCCAAGUUCUUGGAAAUGGUUGCUGAAAUAGAAAAGGAAGAGAAGAAGAAGAAGAAACUAAUGAAACGCAGACUGAGAGAGGAACAGGCAACAGGCUCCGAUGCACCUCCUGCUGCCUCCUCAUAGUCUUGGACCGAGUCGUUAAAGACGUAAAUAACUGUUGGGCCUGGGUCAGAUUGUGUUUGAUAUGUUUGAAGGUGUGCUGUGUGGUACAGUUCAAUGGAACCGUUAAAAUGGCUAAAAAUAAGUUUUGUCCUUCUGUGAACAUGUGACGAUUCCAACUUUCAACUUUGUUUUUCAGGACUGCUCCAAAUAAACCAUCUCAGAAAUAAAUACAACCUCUGCACA